AUGAGUUUCGCAAUUGCUACUCAAAAACGUCGUUCGAUCCGCGCCCUUCAGCCUAUCUCGCCCGUCCCAGACCGCAACAUAAUCGACCUCGCUUCAAACGCCCUUCUCUACGUCCCUUCCGCAUUCAACAGUCAAACCACUCGUCUCACCAUCCACUUCUCCGAAGCUCACCGCAAACUCUGGUCUAUCACCGGGGCCGCCCUUGAAACAAACCUAGGUAGCGAACGUUACAAGAGCUCCGGUUCUGCAGACAAGAUCAACGCGUACAGCAAAGGUUACGGCACAAUCCUAUUCUGGGAUGAUAUCGAGGUUCUAGAACAGAUGAAAAAAGGUGCGGCAGAUCAUUAUAAAGAUAAGGCGGAAGAGUGGGUGCAUCAGAGUAAUGGAAUGCAUCAGUAUUACUUGUGGGUUGCACUUGAGGAGCACGGAUUGGGUGUUAAUGUGCAGCAUUACAAUCCACUGAUUGAUGAGGGUGUAAGGAAGGAGUGGGGCAUCAGUGGCAGUUGGAAGUUGAGGGCCCAGAUGGUCUUUGGAUUGCCCGAGAAGGGAACGUUGGUGGGGGAGAAAGAACAGAAGGUGGCAAUAGAGGAGAGAUUAAAGGUCUUUCAUAUCGAUGGGGAGGAAGAGGGAAAGCUGUGA